AUGAUUCGCUUCUACUGUUUUCUACUGACUGAAACAAUAAUUCUGUACCAGACACUACAUAUACCAGACACUACAUAUACCAGACACUUCAUACACCAGACACUUCAUACACCAGACACUUCAUACACCAGACACUUCAUACACCAGACACUUCAUAUACCAGACACUACAUAUACCAGACACUACAUAUACCAGACACUUCAUACACCAGACACUUCAUAUAUCAGACACUUCAUAUACCAGACACUACAUAUACCAGACACUACAUAUACCAGACACUUCAUACACCAGACACUUCAUACACCAGACACUACAUACGCCAGACACUUCAUACACCAGACACUUCAUACACCAGACACUACAUAUACCAGACACUUCAUACACCAGACACUACAUAUACCAGACACUUCAUACACCAGACACUUCAUACACCAGACACUACAUACACCAGACACUACAUAUACCAGACACUUCAUACACCAGACACUACAUAUAUCAGACACUACAUAUAUCAGACACUACAUAUACCAGACACUUCAUACACCAGACACUACAUACACCAGACACUUCAUACACCAGACACUACAUACACCAGACACUACAUACACCAGACACUUCAUACACCAGACACUACAUAUACCAGACACUUCAUAUACCAGACACUUCAUAUACCAGACACUACAUAUACCAGACACUUCAUAUACCAGACACUUCAUACACCAGACACUUCAUACACCAGACACUACAUACACCAGACACUUCAUACACCAGACACUACAUAUACCAGACACUUCAUAUAUCAGACACUUCAUAUACCAGACACUACAUACACCAGACACUUCAUACACCAGACACUUCAUAUACCAGACACUUCAUACACCAGACACUACAUACACCAGACACUACAUACACCAGACACUUCAUACACCAGACACUUCAUACACCAGACACUUCAUAUACCAGACACUUCAUACACCAGACACUUCAUAUAUCAGACACUACAUACACUACAUAUAUCAGACACUACAUAUACCAGACACUCAUUUUAAAAUCUGUUGA